AUGAAGAGCAGUGAUGUAGUGCUAAUUUCGUUACUAAGUAUAGGCGCUGUGGCAGUUUUGUUCGCUGUAGCUGCUUACCUUUAUAUAAGAAGAAGGCGACGGAAGAGGGAAGACGAUGAAGAUGGCACAAGCUGUGCUAUCAGCCAUUCACCUAAACUAUCCACUCUAAAAUUCAGUUCCAUUGAUGAUCUGAUCAUCUGGAAAGAACCUAUAUGUUUCCAGUUCAUACUGUUACUGCACUUGAUGGCUACAGGUAUAGAGUCCAUGAAGAUAGCGAGGCUUUUCCAAGCAUUAGUAUGCAACGUAGGGAAAUUCAAAUCUUAUGCUAAUAAUUCUGAACCUCAAAUUAUAGACUAUGAAAAGCAAUGGCUAAAUAAUGGCCCAUAG